AGCCACAUAUCACAGAGAAGAUUCGUUUGAGAACAUUGCUGUUUGAAGAUGAUUUCGCUAAUUAUAUUUGCCCUUUUGGGCAUCUUUGAGCCAUCGUUUACGGAGGGAUGUGGAAUGCGUCCUGCUUUCGCCCGUGUGGUGAAUGGCCAAGACGCCAGUCCCCACUCCUGGCCAUGGCAGGUUUCCCUGCGUGUGGGAGGCAGACAUAUCUGUGGUGGAUCCCUUAUCAGAACUGACUGGAUCGUUACUGCAGCACAUUGUGUCUUUAGAAAUCCCAAUCCAAGUGGAUACACGGUUAUCGUGGGGGCCCACAGGCGACAAGGAAGUACAAUUGUGCAGGAGACCUUUGGAGUUAGGACUCUUCACAAACACAGUGGCUUUACCAUGAGUAACUUGAAACAUGACGUCGCAGUUCUUCAGCUGGAUGGAAAUGUAAAGCUGAGCGACAAAGUGAAUACAGUUUGUCUCCCAGACCGAGAUGCAGAUCUAAAUUCCCAGUGUUAUAUAACAGGAUGGGGACGCAUAAGUGGUAACGGGCCAGCAGCAGACAUACUGCAACAAGCUAAGCUCCCGCUUGCAUCGCAUGAGGCUUGCGUGAGAAAGUACGGUAACUCGAUUGAUAGGGGAGCUCAUCUGUGUGCUGGAGAAGGUCGAAGUGGUGCCUCAGGGGGAUGUAAUGGGGACAGCGGUGGUCCGCUUGUUUGUGAGAUGGGAGGAAAGUGGUAUCUGCACGGCGCUGUCAGUUUUGGGAGGCGAAGUUGCCCAACAACCCACUUUACAGUGUUUGCAAGAAUAACCACCUACAAGUCGUGGAUAUUGCAGAUGAUAGGAGAGGAAAGCGGAGGACCUAACACACCAAUGCCUCCUCUGCCAUCUCGCCCACCCACAGGCUGCCGUGACAAAAUCAAUUCUCAAUGGUGCUCCUUAUACCGUAGACUUCGGUGGUGCCGAAAAGCCAUAAUAAAGAACCGUUGCCGCAAGACUUGUGGAUCUUGUUGAAAGAGAUCAGCUGUUUACAUUGAUUAAAGAAAGGAACACAUGAACAUUCAUGAUCAGUCAAGGAUUCAAACAUUUAACUAGCAGAUUAAAACCUUUGUCAGUGUAAAAAUAAAGGAGCAGCAAAGAAAAAACGA